UCGUGCGAUUCUCUCCUGACAAUCGCGCUGGCGUAUAGCACUGGGCACGCCCCCCGGAAGUAGAGGCUCGCACGAUCUAAUUCAUAGUAAGGGCGAGGGUCCCUUGUGGAAUGGUAGGGACCCAGCGAGGGAUAGGGCAAAGCGGCUUCUCGUGCUUGAAACUCCGCCCAUAGUCCGUCUAGCUCCUCCCUUUGUCGUAGUGGUCGGUUCACGUUGCUCAUUUGUGCUUGACAGUGCGGAUCUGACUUGUCACCGAGAUGAGGAAGGUUGUAGUAGUCACCGGAGCAAACAGUGGUAUUGGUUUGGCUCUUUGUGAGAGGCUCCUCUCUGAAGAUGAUCAAGUUCGCUUAUGCUUGGCAUGCAGAAAUAUGCAGAGGGCUGAGGCUGCCCGUUCCGCUCUGCGGUCAUCCCAUCCAUCAGCUGAUGUAAGCAUCCUACAAGUUGAUGUGGGGAAUCUUAAGUCUGUGGUAGAAGGAGCAAAAGCUCUGAGAGAAAGAUAUCAACGCAUAGACUACUUGUAUCUCAAUGCUGGAAUAAUGCCUAAUCCACGGAUAUGUUUAAAAGCUUUCAUCAAAGGUCUCUUCUCUAGAAAUGUCAUCAGCAUGUUUACAACAGGAGAAGGCCUCCUAACCCAGGAGGACAGAGUGACAGAGGAUGGUUUACGGGACGUUUUUGAGACCAAUGUGUUUGGGCACUUUAUACUGAUUAAAGAAGUUGAGUCUCUGCUGUGUCACACAGACCAUCCUUCCCAGGUUAUUUGGACUUCAUCUAGUAAUGCAAGAAAAUCUGCCUUCAGCCUCAAUGACUAUCAGCACAGCCAGGGACAAGAAUCCUACAGCUCUUCAAAAUAUGCUACUGAUUUGUUGAGUGUUGCUUUAAAUAAGAACUACAACAGAGAGGGCAUUUAUUCUAGUGUGGUGUGUCCUGGACUUGUUAUGACAAAUCUUACAUACGGGAUCUUGCCUUCAUUCUUCUGGACUUUAAUCAUGCCAAUUAUGUGGCUGAUCCGAGUGUUUACAAAUUCUUUCACUAUUUCACCAUAUAAUGCAGCAGAGGCUCUGUUGUGGUUAUUUAAUCAAAAACCAGAAUCUCUCAACCCCCUGGUGAAAUAUCACAGCUGCACAUCUGGAUUAGGCAACAGUUAUGUUCAAGCUGCAAAGAUGGACCUUGAUGUGGCAAGCAGUGACUUGUUUUAUAAAAAGCUUCUAGAGUUGGAAAAGCACAUUCGAAGCACGUUAAAGUUAUAAUAGGAAAUGCAUGAAAGCAAGUAAAAUCAAGAC